AUGUCCUCCAGUAACGGUCACGAUCACUCGCCACACACCUACGAACCUACAUCUCCUACAGAUCUCAUCGGCGGACGUAACUCGGGCGUCAUGACUCUGCCUCCACAGCAGCUGCAGGAGUUGCAGGACCUGCAACAGCAGCAGCAGCAGCAGCAGCAACCCUCCCAAGACGGGAACUCAAGAACAAGGAGUUUUUCAGAGAAAUCCUUCUCGUCUCUCAAAAGCCCCCGUGCUGCUCGCUUUGCUGAGGCCACCUCGGUCCUGUCGCCGGUCGACGGUUCACCCUGUGGAGUAGUAGACCCAUCUGCUGGCCAGACACAACCGCAACAACAGCAGGAGAAGACUCUCAACAACGUCUCCGACCUGGGGUUCGGGUAUGUGGCCGACAAUGAUCCCGUGCGCCGGGCAGCGGAAUUCCGUCCGCCGGCCUCGCCGCUCAAGAGCGCCUUGAAAUCUCCAGGCACGGCCCGGACAUUGAACCCGCUGAGUCCAACUUUCCGGGAGGAGUACAUGUUGGAGAAGCACGAGAAGGCUACGGAAAAGCAAAACGCAAAAGACCUCAGGGUCAAAACCCGUGUGCGCCUGGCCAAGGCUUUCCUCCGCGUGGUGAACUUCAGCUGCAGCAUGAUCGUGCUGUCGUUGCUAGCAACGACGUUGACGGUCUUUGAAGCGACCAAGUCAAUCCCCGAGAGGAACAAUUUACCCCCCUGGGCGAUCGGCACGAACCCCUGGCCGCAGUACUUACUGUUAGCGCUGGCGGGCGUCUCGGUACUAACCUGCCUGGCUGUCUUUUGGGGCUACUGGAAGGGCGGCCACAAGCGCGCAGAGAAGCUGGCUGUCUACUACUCAACCUUCUCCGUCUGCUACUUUGUCUUCGACCUGAUCAUGUGGGUGGUGGGCGCCGCCGUGUUCGAGAACGCCAAAGCCAACGGCGGGGGUGAGGACUUGUGGGGGUGGUCGUGCAAAAAGAACGAGCGCUACGACCUGUUCAAGGACGACGUGAACUACAGCCUGUUAUGCCGCCUACAGGACUGGGGCCUCGUGUGUGCGAUCAUCGAGGUCGUCAUCGAGCUCUUCGUCAUCCUCAUCUACGCCGUCGUCUUCUACCGCUUCUACUCCAAGCGCCGCCUCAUGAAGACAAUGGACACCCGUGACCGCGCUCGCUCCGAUCUGUACCUCGCCCAGCUGCGUGUCCAGUCCGCCCCCAACACCCCGGGCUUCCUCCACCCCAUGACCCCCGGCUAUCCUCCCAAGACCCCCAAGUCCGCUACUACCUGGGUCUCCGUCGCCCCCAUCCAGGAAUCCACCGGCGAGCACGACCACUCGGACUCUGACCCCUACAGUGCCGCAGAGAACGGUUACUCCUAUACCGUUCAAUACGCUGUCCCGCAGUCUCCCACCCGCCCGCCCCAGGCAUUUCACCUGCAACCGCCGCCGAUCCGCGUCCAGCACGCCACCCCGGUCGUCCAGCAGGCUGGCUUUGCCGUCUCUUCUUCUUCUCCUCCCCCCAGCAAUUCCUCCUCACUAUCCUCUCCGUCAACAUCGCCGUCGCCGCCACCCCCGCAGCACCACCAACAUCCACGGAAUCAAACAGCAUCUGUCCCCGCUUCGGGAGAGCAGAGCUUUGGCUCUGUCCCGAUUCCGGGAGCAUACUAA